AUGUCAACAAACAUAUGGACGGACCCGUGGAUAUCUCUAGACGCACAAUGCCGACCUAUGGGACCACCUACAGAAGCUACAAAGGAACUCCGAGUAUCAACACUCAUCUCACCGAAGACAAAAGAAUGGAACAAAGAGAUGAUAAGGGCAAUCUUACCGGGCUAUGAGAGUCAGAUACAGGAGCUCAGACCAAGCAAAAGCGGGGCACAAGAUAAACUCAUCUGGUUAGCAGCUGAAGGAGGUAUAUACUCAGUAAAAACCGGAUACUACGCAGCGAUCAAGGCAGAUGAGGAAGCAAGGCAAAGGGCAGGAGACCAUCAACUCGAGCAACACAGAGGAUUCAAGUGGAUUAGAGAAAUUUGGCAGGUACACACAACACCAAAGACAAGAUUGUUCAUCUGGAAAGCAAUGUGGGAAGCCUUACCAGUCGGAGAAAAUCUGCGAGCAAGGAACGUGAAUGCAUCAGUGCGAUGCCCACACUGCAAUGAGGUGGAAACAACACUCCAUCUUCUCUUCCACUGCACAUUCGCGAGGAAAGUGUGGAACCUAGUACCAUGCAAACAGCCAUUGAGUCAGCACUGA